AAUGCGCCAUAGUAGUAGCACUCUCUAAGACACAGUAAGAGCAUGGGUUCCCUAAGAGUCAGUAUAAAUAGAGUGAGAAAUAUUCGACGAGUUCGGUAUAAAUUAUUGUGUUACCGAUAAUCGUGAAAUUUCUACCAGAAUAAGCUUCGAAUCAUCUACGUCUCUCUUAUUCCUGUAAGAUUCUAAAUUUUUGAAAAAGCUGUUGUAAUGGGCGUGUCUAAAGAGAUACAAUUGUACUCAAGUUGACCUUAUGACGAGCUUCAAACAAUGAUGCGAACCUGUCAAAUAUUGAUGGCUAAAGUUGCUAAUAUUACUGCUUCUUUAUGGAUAGUCCUUGCUCUGACCUGGGAAGGAAUCCUAUGUAUGCAUGCAAGAACUCCUGAGGCAAUUGAUGCUGCGAUGCUCAGAGAUUACUUCAUUCCGGAUAUACUCGAUUUCAACUCUCCCAACGAUUCGAUAUGGAUAAGGUACGGAAAGAGAGAAGUAAACUUUGGCCUUGGUUUGUUUUCCCCUGAUGAGGUUAAAGACAUGCCUACCUAUUUCAACUACCCUUGCUCAAAAGAUGUCUACUACACGAUGACCUUUACAGGAUUGGAUAUGCCGACCAGAAAACACCACGAUGAAAGAGAAUACAGACACUGGCACAUCGUCAACAUCCCUGAAAAUCAGAUUAAUCAAGGCGAUACACUUGCAGAAUACAUUGGACCUAUGUAUACCAACGAGGACGGGCUUCACAGGUUCAUAUUUUUUAUAUUUGCUCAACCUAACAAGACAAAAAUGCACUUCGACGAGAAAAAAUUGACGAAAACAGUUCACGGGAAGGAGCGGGUUAAUUUUCAUACAAUGGAGUUCGCUGAGAAGUACGGACUGGGAGAGCCACUUUGCGUCAAUUAUUUUUUAAUGGACAGGAUGGCACCAACAGAGCCUCCAACUCCACCCAUGAUUUGAUAUUUAUUGCUUCUGAUAUAAUUUAAUUUAAAUCUUCAAGAAGUUAUCGGGACAGAGAACUUAGUAAUCUCUCGUUUCCAUCUCUCUUGAAUCUCUCUCUAUUGGGUGCGCCACUGAUGUAUGAAUGUAUAAGAAUAAGUUAAGCUUCUCCUUACAAAAUUAAUAUGCUUAGAGUACCGAAAAACUGGUCCAGCUUUCCUCUUGGAUGAUUGUGGUGCCAAUACGACGAUAAGAUUCACAUUAAUGUUCCGUUUGGUUUUUCUAAUGAAGCUUGAAGAUAUAAUGCUCUAAAUACUGAUGGCACACAUAAUCGAAUCAACAUGUAAGACCAAAAUACCGCCUUUGCAAAGCUAACGCGUUAACGUGAGUGAAAAUUAAGUGAGAAAAGCAAGAUUUCUGUGGAUUCAUACGUGAAAUGGUGUGGCUACAAUAAACUAAGACUCUUGUUCUCAAACAUGCUUGACAACAUAUUUAAUCCGUUAAAAAUUAAUGAAUGUAUAUAAUUUUAAACACACUAACGAACGGUU